AUGGACCCUCCUAACCAUAAAUUGAAGCCAUCGCCUCACUUCUUACGUCUCCUCUCCAGUAAGACGGUCCCUGAAGACCCACCAUCAACCGCCCAGACCCCGGAAGCCCUGCUUGAGGCGAAGGAGGCGGAGCUUCAAAAACUCAAGCAAGCCAACAAGCGUCUUCAAUCAGAGGCGAACGACGCCUAUCUAAAUACUGCCAAUGAUAUCUCCUACUACAAUCACCUGCUUCGUGAGAGGGAUCAAAGGAUUCGGAUGUUGCUGGAGGAGAAUCUGAAGAAUUCUGAAGUCGAGCAGCUCAAGGAUGAGCUCCAAAAGCAAGAGAAAAAGUAUCUGGAGGUGAAGAAGUCCGAGGAGGCUUUGAGGGAGGGGGCUAAGGAGUUCCAUUGGAAAAUGUUUUUAAUGAAGUCGGAGCAUCAAAAGGAGCUUCAGAUGAAGGACGAUGAGAUUUUCAAAUUGAAGGAAGCAGCUAGCCACUUUGAUGAUCUGCUUGUGGCCAAGGAUCAAAAGGUGACGGAGCUCGAGGAGCAACUUCAGGAACUCCAGGAGGCGGCUAACAGGGAGGCGGAGCUUAAGAAAGCGGAGAAGGCUAAAGACGAUUACUUCGAUCAGCUGCAUCAGAUGAAGGAUCGGGAGAAUAUGAAACUCCAGAAGCAGUUGCAGGAGGUGGUUAGUGAAGGGGCGGAGCUUAAGCGUCAGCUCGAAAAGGCCAUGGAGAAGAUAAGGGAGUUGGAGGAGGCGGAGACGAGCGAUGAGAAGGAGGCGGAGACGAGCGAUGAGGAGGAGGAGAGCGAUGGCAGUUUGUACUCGGACUCUGGUUCCGACUACGAUGAGAUUCUUAAAAUCUGA